CUGCUCCCGGGGGGCUCGCAGCUCCUCCAGCACACGCUGCACUUCCAGGCCCCGGCCCCGCUGCUGGGGGCGCUGCGGGCGCUGCCCCCCCCCGCUCUCCUCGCCCUGGCCCGGGCCCCCCCCGGACCCCGACUUUGGGGGGCGCUGCUGGGAUCCCCCUGCGUGCCCGGAGCCCUCCGACAGCGCCUCCUGCGGCGCCUUCAGGGGCACUGGGCGGCCCUCGCCUGCCACCGCAGCGGCAGCCGCGUCCUCGAGGCCGCGUGGGCCUCGGCCUCCGGCCCCACACGGGAGGUCAUCGCCAGUGAGCUGGCCGCCCAGCAGGGGGCGCUGCAGCGCGACCCCUACGGCCGCCGCGUCGCUCGCGCCAUCGACCUGGAGCACUUCCUGCGCCGGCGGCCAUCUUGGAGGACCAAGCCCCGCCCCCCAGCACCGCUCUGGCCCCACUCGUCUGCUCUGGAGGACUGA